AGUCUGCUUUAUUCGAGACCAAAUCGAAAGUAACUUGAAUGAGGAAAUAACAGAAUCACGCCGGAGAGACAUUUUGACUUCUGCUGCAGCCGAACUCGUCUGAAUUCACAGAAAAUCCGAGGGGAUUCAUUUUUUAUUCUCAGCUCAAAGUAGAAAACUUUGCUUCGUCAUGUCAAAGGCGUCGACUCUGAAAAUCAGCAGGUCCAGUUUGGGUCAGGUGGAAAACUUCCGCCAGGAUCUGUACCAUGAAGCGGGGAAUCUGUUUUCCAGCUUCAUCCCUCAGAAGAUUGUGAAGCUCGACAACCUGCUCAAGGAUGAAGCGCUAAACAUCAAAGACAUGUCUUCACUCCACGCUCCUCUGGACAUCCCCAUCCCAGAUCCUCCAGCUCCAGAGGACGAAGAAAUGGAGACCGACAAGAACGAAGAGGAGGAGAAGAAGAAGAAGAAAGCUCCAAAAUGUGGCUUCAUCAAAGGAAACGAGAAGAUUCUGGUGCUGCUAGACAUGAUCAAACCGGAAAUAGCCGACUUUAGAGAGACGCUCAUCACUAUCUCCUGCUGGAUUCAACACCUCAUCCCAAAAAUAGAAGAUGGAAAUGACUUUGGAGUCGCCAUCCAGGAGAAGGUUUUGGAGAGAAUGGCCGCGGUGAGGACCAAAGCUGAAACUUUUCAGACCAACAUCAACAAGUACUAUUUAGAGAGGGGGGACGCUGUAGCCAAAGCCUCCAAGGAGGGACACGUGAUGGAUUACCGCUCGCUGGUCCACGAGAAGGAUGAGAACAUCUACGCUGAGAUCAGAGUGAUCGCCCUCGACAUCCGCGGCUUCUACGCCGAGUUUUACGACAUCACCAGCAAAAACCUGGAGAAGAUAACGAACCCGAAAGGAGAGGAGAAGCCGUCGAUGUACUGAAGCUGCAGGAGAAAAGGAGGCACCACUGAGACAGAACCUACAAUCCUCAGCUGAAUUCAAUAUCAAUCAUCUCUCUAUAAAUAGUCAUAAAACAGUAAAAUUCUGCUUUUUCAGUUCAGUAAAACCACAGUAUCGUAGUUUUAUCUCUUUUGUUUGGGAACACUUGAGGGUUUUUGCACUAAAUUGAACUUGUUGGACGAAGAGCGAAUAAAGAAAAGCUUGUUUUUUUUUCAGAA